AUGCAAGUGGCAGCGCAAGGGCAGACGCUGUCUAACGCUCUCAGUUUUUGGGCAGAUGUGUCUUACGGCGAUAUGCCGCCCACAGCUCUGAUCGACUACCCGCCGCUGGGGUUCGAGUCAGUGCCAGCAAGCAGAUACGCCACCGCUGCAGACGGCGGCCGGCAGCUUGGGGACAGGACUCAACCCGCGAGCGACGAAGACGGAUCGACACAGCCGGUGCUCUUGUUAGGCGCCAAGGCGGAAUCAACAACACCGGCGUUUGACCACGAAGGACUGGAGGAGGCGGGGCUUGAAUGGUGUCAGCCGCAGCUGCUCCUCUGGCCAGGUGAGAGGCUGAAGGACCGACAGUUUGCAGCGGCCGCCACAACCGAUCCCCUGGCACCUGUCCCCCAUCUUCGCUACGAGGAUAUUGGCCUGCUGGCAGUGGUGUACGUGCAUAGCUCGGGAAUUGCUUAUGUUGGCUACCCGCAGGCUUCAGGUCCAGCGUCGAACCCUGAGCCAACUGACAGUCCUCUGCAGCGGCCUGAAAACGCGCUGCCAGCCGAUACUUUGUCAGUCGCACCACCGCCGUCGCUGCCGCCAUCUCAGCAGCUGCCAUCAGUGCCUAUCUGCUUGCUGCCCAUGAGCUCUUCCACCGGCUUCGUGCGCAGUUUGCUGGGCUUAAGCUGA